AUGAUUCCCGCCAACGCACUCAUAAACACUCUCCAACUGGGCAAGCCUAAACGUUCUAGUGCACCCAAGAGCCGCAGUGGUUGUUUGUCAUGUAAACGAAUGCACUUGAGAUGUGACGAGGCAAAACCAACAUGCAGUCGAUGUCAAAGGUCUCAGCGAUCCUGUGAAUACAUUGAGGCCGGAAAAAUCACGAGACAGCCUCCCACUCAAGAAAAGCUCCUUUUACCAAAGCAGGGGCCUGCGAGCCAUGAAAUCUUCCCGGUUUAUCCCCUUCUGAUUCUGCCUAGGUCUUCCAGCCUAGAGCCCCAUGAAGUACCCUACUUCGAUCUCUUCCGUUAUCAAAUGGCCCAUGACUUUGGCUAUACCCCUUGCACCCUUUUCUGGAACAAGGUCAUACCACGAGAAGCUAUGAGCGAUGACUGUGUGAAGUUCUCUGUAUUGAGUGUUGGGGCACUCAUGCAAUCUCUUUACCGUCUUGGUCCAAGGCCAUAUACUGGUCUGAAGCCUUUCUCAGAACUCUCUAGAGUAUCCAGAGACCCAGCGUAUCGCAUCGCUUUGCAUUACCACGUAAAGGCGAUUUCUUCCUUACAAGCCCGAAUCAAGUCCAAUUUCGCCACCGUUUCCAGGCGCAAUACUCUCAUAAACAUGUUCAUCUUGUUUCUCUUCGAACUGAUGCACGGGAAUACCGCAACAGCUGAUCGUAUGCUCACAAGCAGCGUUGAGCUAUUACGACAGCAAAAGGAUCAACUGGCAGAAGAGGUCAAUGAAGGGUUCGAGCCGCAGCCGGAACCUAUCUUCACCGCAAUCUCCGAUGAUGGGGGGUUGGACCAAGCUGAGCGGAUUCUUCCCCGUUUGCAAGUCUUCUUUAGUCUGAACUCCUGCUUCUUUCCUUUGCAGAGAGACUGCUGGUCGCGCUUUUCCACACAGGCGAUACCUUGCACGGUCCCUUCAGCAAAAACCGGCUUCAAUGAAUUUGCCGCUAUGUGGAAUAGUUUCAUUACUCGCGCCGUAAUAUUUGUCUUCAAGAUCUUGCAGGAUCGCUCGUACUGCGAUACAUUUCACAGAGCGUCUUUGAUGGCACGCCGAGAUAUGUUCCUCAAACAGCUUCACCAAUGGGAAGGUGUCAUUGUCGAGAGACUGGAUGUUGAAACAAGCACGGUUGCUAAAAACACAACCAGGAUAUUUCACGUUGGACUAAAGGUAGUCUACAUCCUCCUGAACUGUUGUCUUGAUCCUAUGGAGACAGAGUACGAUAAGUACGAUAACGUCUUUGCCGAUAUCAUGGGAAUGAUGCACUCUAUCGAGGGUACUUCGGGUCCAUUCACGCGAAUCGAGACUGUUUUAGACAUCUACGUUCUUCCUGUCCUCAACUUUGUAUCGCAAAAGUGCAGGAACAAGGUAGUCAGAUUGGAUUCUUUUAACCUCUUCGAAAAGAUGACAUCUACCAUGGGAGGGUGGGAGACCAGGGCCAGCUUGUUAGCCCGUCGGCGGCUUAUGUCGAUCGAGGAAGAUGGCCGCGAUGAGAACGGUGUCAUUCCUGCAGGUUCUAGAUACAUAUGGACUGAUAUCUCGUGGGAUAAGGAUCAGUCUUAUCUAAUUGUCUACUUUCACGAGGCUGAAUACAGAACCCUUUGCAACAAGGUGUUAGAGGACAAGAUUUAUUUAGAAGAGCAGGAAUAA